GGCCGCCCCUUCCGCGGGUUUGGAUCCGGGUCAGUCAGGCGCGGCGGUCGGGGAGAGACGAUCUGAACUGACGGGACUGGAUCACCGGAGCGCCCCAGCUGCGAGGAGCCCGGGAAUUCUUCCGAGGGGCAGUUUUCCAGCUGGAGGCCUGAUUGGGCAGAGCCAAGGCCCUGGACAGCUCCCCGCUCAGCGCGGACCCCAUUCCUCGAGACCCCCGCCCCAGUAUUAACGGGAACAUCUAUAGUAGUGCAAAAACUUUCACAAUGAAAUCUGAAGCCAAGGAUGGAGAGGAGGAGAGUCUACAAACUGCUUUCAAGAAAUUAAGAGUGGAUGCAUCAGGGUCCAUAGUAUCACUGUCUGUUGGAGAAGGCCCGAGCGUCAGAGCAUCAGUCAGAACAGCAGCAGAUGAUCCCAAACCUAAAACCUCCUGUGCAUCUAAAGACAGUUGGCAUGGGUCUACAAGGAAGUCCUCACGAGGAGCAGUGAGAACCCAGCGUCGUCGACGUUCUAAGUCUCCUGUCCUUCAUCCUCCAAAGUUCAUACACUGCAGUACAAUAGCAUCUCCUUCCAGCAGCCAGCUCAAGCACAGAAGCCAGACUGACCCCCCUGAUGGCAGCAGCGGGCUGGGAAUUUCAACUCCUAAAGAGUUCAGUGCAGGAGAAGGCUCUGCUUCGCUGGAUGCCAAUCACACAGGGGGAGUCGUUGAGCCUUUGGGAACCUCAGUUCCAAGGCUGUCAUCAGAGAGUAAGACAGAAGACUCCUCUGAUGCUACCCAAGUCUCCCACACAAGUCUCAAGGCCAGCGAUCUCUCUGACUUUCAAUCUGUUUCCAAGCUAAACCAGGGCAAGCCAUGUGCAUGCAUAGGCAAGGAGUGCCAGUGUAAGAGAUGGCAUGAUAUGGAAGUGUAUUCCUUUUCAGGCCUGCAGAACGUCCCUCCCUUGGCCCCAGAACGAAGAUCCACGCUUGAGGACUACUCUCAGUCGCUGCAUACCAGAACUCUGUCUGGCUCUCCCCGUUCCUGUUCUGAGCAAGCUCGAGUCUAUGUGGAUGAUGUGACCAUUGAGGACCUAUCAGGCUACAUGGAAUAUUACUUGUAUAUUCCCAAGAAAAUGUCCCACAUGGCAGAAAUGAUGUACACCUGAUAGCAAAAGGCUAAUUCACAUGCUUUAAACCAAUGAAGGGUUGUCAAAGAGAUUUAGUUAAUGGCAGACCUUGUGGCCACUUUGUGUGAGAAGACAUCUUUCUGCUCACUGUGCUUGCAAUAAAAACUUUUCUUGGCAUCUCAGUUAAUCUUCAUUCUUUAUACUUACUCUUGAGUUUUUUCAUACCCAUCAAGGUAAACAGAUCAAAGAAAAUCCCCCUCAUCUAGAAAUGUUCAUGGGGGAUGAAGAAACCGUAAUUACUUGAGACUGGUAGCAGUGGGUAUAUGGAGAAAGCCUUUUGUAAAACACCAUUUUUUACUGUUUAAGAUUUGGUAGCCAAGGAAAGUCAGUUUGUAACUGAACUAAACAUUUGUCAUGUUGUAGUUGCCAGCCUGCAGUAUUAGAAAUUAUAAGACUGAUUUAAACCAUUUCAGAUUUAGUGGAGGAUUUAUGUCAUUAAAGGUUUCUUGAGCCAGAGGUCUAAGGUUUAGAUUCAAUUUGAAUAAACUGGCUGGCCUGUCUUAUAUUGUUUGAGAGUCAGUAACCAUCACUAAAUAAACCCUGCUGUAGUACUCAUCCUGAGACAUGCUAUGUGAAGUUUCUCAUAAGAAGCUGCUUGGAGAGGUGUGCUUCAGUUGGAAGGAGGGAGUGCAGUAUUUGAAAUUAGCGUGCAUUUUCUCUGUCUCUGGCGUUUUUAUGUGACACGUUUCUUGCCAUCAGUUGUAGUGUAGGGUCUCAUACCUCAAUUUUAAAUGGCCUAGAUGUUUAUUAUCUCUGAACUGUCUUCUAAGCCCAGUAGCCCCAAAAGGAUUUUGUACAUGCUGUAUCCUAAUACAUUUCUGGCCAAC